GUGCCAUCAGCACCCAUGUGCACGGGCCCUGCGGAGCCCCCAGAAGGAAGCCUAGCGUCUCCCCUCGGGCAGGCAGCCUUUGAAAUUUUCACUCGUCCUGUCUGGACACAGGAAGCCGACCGCCUAGCACCCAUGGGUGCUGGUCUCCCGAGCCAUCAGCACCCAACUGCACGUGGACAGGCAGCACCCAUGAGGAGCCCUUCCCCCACUAACAGCACCUUUGACGUUUGCACCCAUGAUGCCCUGAUGCUGGAAGCAAUCUGGCCGACCUGCCUGGCACCCAUGGGUGCUGGUCUCUCGUGCCAUCAGCACCCAUGUGCUCGGGCCUUGGGGAGCCGCCAGGAGGAGGCCGAGCGUUGCCCCUCGGGCAGGCAGCCUUUGAAGUUGGCACCCGUCACAGGAAGCCGACUGCCUGGCACCCAUGGGUGCCGCCCCGGCCCCGCCCGGCCGGUCUUUCUGGGUGUCCCCGGCCUGCACCCUGGGCUGGGCGCCCGGCGGCGGCGGCGGGAAGGACGCUGUCAGGAGCCGGACGCGGAGGCUCCCGGGGUCGGGCUCGGGCGGCCCGGCAGGAGGGUCCCUUGGGUGCCAUGGCCGGCCGGGUGCUGGUGUGCGUCAGCCUGUGGUGUCUGGGGCUGCCGCUCGCACGAGAGGGACUUCGAUCUGGCCGACGCCCUGGAUGGCCCUGACCCCACCAAGAAGCCGGGCACAGGAAACUACCCAGAUCUCCAGCCCUACAGGCCGCAGCCCGGGAGCCCCGACAGCGGAGGAGAUGUCUACCCAAGACCCAAGCCGCCCCCUGCCCGCCCGCAGCCAGGCCACCCUGAAGGGGGAGGCUCUGGUGGACACAGCAACUAUGGUGACCAGCAAGGGAACACGGUGGCCAAGGUGGUGUCCCCGAUCGUGUCGGUGGUGGUGGUCACGCUGGUGGGGGCGGCCGUCAGCUACUACAACCGCAGGAGGGGCUGCUGUGUGCGUGGAGAACCCGAAAACGUCUGACGCCUCCCAGGACCCCCCCAGCACCCUCAGCACCCAGGCCGGGCCCCCAGCACCCUUGGGUGCUGCCCCCCAAGAUCUCAGUCGCCCGUCAGCGGCCGAACCUCCCGUCGCCCCCGGAGCCUCGUGGGACCCCU